GUGCUGAGCAACCCCGGCACUGAAAGGCAGGACGAGAGCAAGAGAGAGGUGGAAGAAAAGGGGGAGUGACGAAGGCAUGAACUUUUAGAAGAAGCUGCUCUGUAGAAUUCAAAAGUCAAAGGGACUUAAAAACUUUAAAAAGCUUGUAGUUUUCUCCUUGGAACUGUUAAUUUCCUUAUUCCAUGAGUGCUGCAAGUGUGCUCAGUUCCUUCAGUCCAUCAGCAAUGCCUGGCCCAGUAAUGCCAAUGGAUGUGGCCAUGAGAUUCUACAUCAGCCACUCUCCGCCUCCUCUACGAGGUUUCCUCAGUUCCUACGAGGACCUUCAGCGGGCCAAGAACCGGGUCAACCAGUCCACCACCCGCAGCCACAACCAACAGCUCUACAAACCCCUGCGGCCCUGCCUCAGCAACCAGCAGAAAGCAUUAGACGAUGGCGGCUGCAUUGGCUGGAACAACAACAAGGUUGGCAAGAAGAAGGUGGUGUUCGCAGACACGAAGGGCAUGUCGCUCACUGCCAUCCACAUCUUCUCCAAGUUUGACGAUGAGCCGUAUCGAAACAAGCAUUGUGGGGGAAUCUCAGAGGAGCUGCAGUUUGACAUGACAGACCUGGAAACGGCCACGAUGGAUCUAAAGAUCAGCUCGGUGCGCAACCUGGUGCUGGACUUUAAACAGCCCUCAGCUGACUACCUAGAUUUCCGGAACCGCCUGAUCCAGAACUCAGUCUGCUUGGAGAACUGCUCGCUGCAAGAGCGCUCGCUGACUGGCACCAUCAAGGUCCGGAACAUGGCCUUUGAGAAGUCGGUGCAGCUGCGUGCCACCUUCGACUCAUGGGCCAGCUACACCGACGUCGAGUGCACGUUCAUGAACAACGUCUAUAGCUGUCAGGAUACUGACACAUUUGCAUUCGUCCUGGAGCUCCCCACGUACAUCCCACCGCAGAAUCGGGUUGAGUUCUGCAUCUGCUUCAAAGUCAAGGACCAGACAUUCUGGGACAAUAAUGACGGCAAGAACUAUGUUAUCAAGCACGCUGGCUGGAACGGAGAGGACCUGAACAUUCAGACGCCCCCAACUUCUGUUGAUCAGAAGAAGCCUUCAGAGCACAAAAACGGGGGCGUGAAGGUGCUGGAGAUGGAGUUUGAUCAGUUUGGCAGCCCACGCAUGUCUAGCGGACUCUUUCCUGGCUGGCAGAGCUGGGGUCAGAUUGAUAACACUGUGCCUUACUGGUGAAAACAUCUGGAUGUUUGCUGAAAUUGCAUUGAAAUAAGAUAACAGACACUGACAGGGCAUUCAGUACAAAUCCAACUGCUGGUCUCAGUUUAGACUGGCUCUCAGCCAGAAACUAAACUGAAGCAAAUAAACCUUGCCUGUUUUAGUGUGUGCACAAACCAGACAGAAACCUAACUGUAAUGUGCUCUUUGCUGUAACGUGGUCAUUUGGCCUGAAAGAUCUGUGGUCUGUGGACGAGGGAUAAAUUGGGGAAAUGUAUCACGUUUCACAUAUUCCUCUUCUGUAAAAUAUUCAUGUGCCUUCUCAGAGUUCCUGCCCACUAAGAUACAGACUGUUAAAUAUGCACUGAUUGAGAUGUCCCUCUCAAUGUGAUGUCUGUAAACUGAAGAAGUGGAAAUGGAGCUGAUUAAGUCCUUCAUAUUGAAGGGAAAGUAUGGGGAGUGCAUGGCGACAAAACGCUUCUCUACAAACAGCUGAUUCAUUUCUAAUGAAAAAUGCACACUAAGCUUUUGCACCUUCAAGGAGAAAAUAAUUUAACAUGAUUCAAAAUGGCCUUCAUUUUUAAAAUUUGAGUCAUGCAGCCCUUUCUUUCCCUCCAUGUAAAUUGCACAAUGUUUGUCUGAUGAAAAGUGUUUGGAUGAUGUAAUUUUGAAGUAAGUUUGUAAAGGAACUGAGCUGCUAUUGACAAAUGUGUCACAAGAGAGACUCUGCAUGUGAUUGGUUGUCUCAAACAGGGAAGAAGUUUGGAAAUUUCUGUGGUUACGGUAUGUCAAGAAAAGGAUUGAUGCAAAGACCCAAUGUUUUUAUUUGCUUGUUUCCACAAGUGCAAUUGUGUACAGUAUGUGUGGCUGGAAUUGAGAUUUUUCUUUUCUGACACUUUUUUUCUCACGGUAAAGAAAAGGUCUGUACCCCAGCAUUUUGUUUCACUUGAAGGUGUGUUUUGCUGACAUGCACCACGUCAGUUGUGUAUUUCCUUUUCAGAAAUAAAUUUCUAUAUUUGUGCUAAAACA